GCGGCGUAGUAUAGAAAAGUAUUAAAAUAAAGCGUAGGUAACCGGGUAAUCUGUGGCUUCCACUAUGAGUUCAAAACCAAACAACACAUUUUAUUGUUCAUUUGUUAGCAUCCAUUAUAUUAUCUGUGAGUGCGGAGAUACUUUUCCUACAGAAGAUGAAUUAAAGUUACAUUUGGAAACCGAUCAUAAUCGGCUGAAAAUUGAAACUUAUGAAUUCAAAUGUGCCACGUGUGAGAAAGUUUUCUCAUCAGAAAGAGCCUGUUUGUCUCACCAACGGAUCCAUACGGCUCCUCAGCCCCGCGUAUUCCGCUCUCCAGACUCUUUGGGAAAGAAAAAGUCUAAUGGUGUUAAAAGACAUGUCUGUGAGAACUGCGGCAAACAAUAUGCUACAAAUGCAGCUCUCCGCUAUCACCAGCGUGUGCACACAGGAGAGCGCCCAUACAAGUGUUCUUUAUGCCCUAAAGCUUUCACUAUGCCCCUUUUCCUACAGAUCCAUGUUCGCACGCAUACAGGUGAGCGUCCAUACCAGUGUCCACAUUGUCCCAAAGCUUUUAGCAACAAAGCAGCACUGCUUAGACAUGAUCGGGUCCAUACAGGUGUGAAACCCUAUGGUUGUCCCACAUGUGGCAAGACCUUUACCCAAUCAAAUUCCAUGAAACUUCAUGUCAAUACUGUACAUCUAAAAAUGCCCGCCCCAUACAAGAGCAAGAGCCGAAAGCUGAAAGAUGCUGAGAGAGAGCGAAGACGUAUGGCAAUGCAAGCUGAUGUUCGCAUACAAAAGACAGCAGUCCAAAUUGAAAGUCCACAGAACUUGCCGGAAGCAAUUAAGACCGAGUUAGUCUAUGAAGAUGAUAUUGUGUACGCAGAGGAAGCUGAUGCUCAGGAAAUCUAUGAAGAGUCCGAAAUCCCGGUAUACGCUGGCGAGGAGCUCUUCCACGGAGUAAAAGAAGAGCAAGAGGAAGAGAUGAUCUUCUAUGAAGAAGAAGUCGAAUACCCUGAAGUUAUGUAUGAAGAAGUUUAUGAGGUCACAGAAGCUUAUAACUCAUAGGAGUGAUAAAUAUUUACGUUAAAAAAAGCAUAAUGCCGAGGUAGAACUCUUAUCUUUAAAAAAUAAGGUUCAAUAGGUAAACCCUAAAAUUUAAGUUUGUAUAGAAUUAAAAUAGUCUAUAAUCACAAUUUAAUUUAGGCAGUCAUACACGUGAGCACUAACAUCAAAUAAAUUGUAAUAAACGCGUUAUAAAAGUGUAUUCGAAAGUACAAUGGAAUAUCUUCUCGAGGCGUUCUAAGCUAACUUUCAUUCAUUAUUUGUUCUGGAAAAACACAUAAAAACACUGUUAACGCGCCAUCUGUUGGUAAAUAGCCGAACUAUUGCGAUUUGAAGAAAAGGCAAAAAUACUUCAACAUAAUUACUACACAAAAUAACGACGAUGUUUAAUAUAAAAUAAAUUAUCUAUGAAAUAUUCGUUCUGUUAUAAUUUAAUGUUCAUUAAAUAAAAAUCUUAACAGAUAUUUCACUGCUAAUUUGUAACUAGGAUCAUCGAAGAGAUAUAUUAUUGGAAAAUUUCAUGAAAGAGAGAAAUUAAAUAAUAAUAGUGAACAAGCUCAAUGUUAAAUUACUGAAAAAAUCAAAUGCACAAGAUCUAAGUAUGACGUGAGCUUUAGCUAAGUACGCUUUAGAAAUCAACUUUAGAUGUCUCUGAAUCUUUCCCUUACAACCGUACUCAGACUCGUCCGUCAAAUUUUAUUUAAUUAUAAUUCUUGCAACAUAGCUUCCGCAUUUAAUGCCGUCAUUAACUUCUGACUUAAGGAAGCAUGAGUUUGUUAGUUAAUAAGUUUAUUAAUGACUUUGGGUACGGCUGUUGGUGUCUUUAAAAUAAAUUUUAGAUUUAAGUUAACAUAAGUACUGUAUAUAAAUUUAUAAGUGAAUUAUUGAUUCCUGCACAAUGUAUUAAGUUUGUUUAAACGAAAAGCUGUUUUGCAUUUAAGUACUAAACGCUUUUCGAUAUUAAGCAUUCGUAUACGUCAAAUGGUCAAAACUUUUCGGCUUCAUACAAUUUGUCUAGUUACAUGUAUGUAUUUCUAUUGCUGCUUCGUUUUAAUUCCAAAUACGACCAUGGAACAAUAUUUUUGUUCGACAAUAUAUUGGUACUGUCCUAUUACUAUAGCUAUUCGAUUAUUGGUAUUGUUCGUGCUAUAGUCUGAUUAGUCCAUAAUGGUUGUAUCCAUAGACAAACAGAAAUAUGAAGUUGUCUAUUGACAACUUCAUAUUUAGUCAAAUGUGACAGUUGUCUUUUCGGUUUAAAAAUAAAUGGCCUUAAUGGCCCUUGGCCUGCCUUACAUGAUUCACUUUCCAUGUUUCGUCAAUAUUGAACAUAACUGUAUGUGGGUGUCUAUGCAAUAAAUCUAAUGCAUAAAAAAUGAUUUUUGUAUAAUAUAAUAAUAAAA